AUGACAAGGAAUACCUGCGAAAGUGUUAUAUCAGAGGUGUUGAAUAGUAAUGAUUUUUUUAUUAGACCAUCGCAUAUUCCUAUACUUAUGAGUUAUUGUACUUCAAUAAUUUCCGAUUCAAAUACGGAAAAAUUAAGUUUACCUGAUAGUCCAAAUACAUUUUUUGCUAAAUGUUUUAGAAUCCAUAAAUUCAAUAAUGAUGAAUCAAAAUGUCUUACACAGAAGGAUAAUAUUACUUCGUUGUUCAAUGAGUGGAUAGAGGAAAUAAAAAAGACAUUAACGACAAAAAUGGUUAUUUCUGUUUGUUUUUCCAAAAUUAAUAAAUUUAUAAAUAAUACAUAUUAUAGAAGAAGCUUAAUAAGAAAAUAUUUACAUCAGAUUCGUCACUUUAGAAUUAGACAAAAUUCUCCAUCAUGUUCAGGAAAAAAAAAGGCUGGUAUAAUUCACAUAUCAGGGAUAAAAACACAAAUACAAUAA